CCUGAGGAGGUCAAAGGUCACACUUUCACCACAGUCAGAACACCCACUGAGAGGAGGCGGAGUCCCGGUCAGACGGAGGACAGCAGUAGAAAAGACGAAGCGUCUCUGCGGCGUCUCUGCAGCGUCUCUGACAGCAUGGAGCUGUACCUGGACCUCAUCUCUCCGCCCUGUCGCUCCGUCUUCCUGUUCGCCAAAGUGCUCCAGAUUCCCUUUGACUUCAAGCUGGUGCAGCUCAUGACGGGUCAACAGUACAGUGAGGAGUUUGGCCAAAUCAACCUCAUUAAGAAGGUUCCUGUCAUGAAGGAAGGAAGCUUCAUUCUGACAGAAAGCGUCGCCAUCCUGAAGUUCCUGGCACAGAAACACGCCUCGUCAGCGGCGGAUCACUGGUACCCGGCCGACCUGCGGCAGCAGGCUCGCGUUAAUGAAUACCUGUCCUGGCAGCACCUGAACCUCCGGGUUCAUGGCUCACGGGUCUUCCUGCUCUGGGCCUUUUAUCCUCUGGUCAUGGGCUCAGAGGUUCCCAAGAAGAAGACGGACGCUGCUGUUGAAGAUCUCAAACAGUCCCUGAAUCUGCUGGAGGAGAAGUUCCUGCAGGACAAGCCGUUCAUCAUCGGAGACCAAGUGUCUCUGGCUGAUCUGGUGGCCAUCGUUGAGAUCAUGCAGCCCGCUGGCACCGGCCUGGACGUGCUCGAAGGUCGUCCGCGUCUGAUCGCCUGGAGAGAGCGAGUGGAGCAGGAAGUGGGUAAACAGCUGUUUGCUGAAGCUCACGCGUCGAUCGUGAAUGCGAGCAGCGUCUUACAGGAGAUGCAGAGCAGCAGCAGCAGCCACCUGCAGGCGCUCGUUCCCAGGUUCCAGAAGGUUUUACACCAUUUCUCACUCAUAUGAUUACAGCGGGUUUUUAACCUUCAGGUUAAAUCAUCUUCAGGUUUUGGUGCUGAGGAAUAUUUACCUGCAGCUGAAGCGUCAAACAUUUCCCAACAAUAAAAACAUGAGUUUUAUGAAACGGAAAA